CUGCAGAGUUUGAGUUUCCCGCAAGCUCCAGCUCCGCCUGAAUGAACCCUGCUGCUGCUCUCAUGGAUGGAACCAUCCCGUCCCUGUGACUGAACACGAGCUCUCCAUACAGGUCAGCAGGUCUGGAUGGAUUAGAUGGGAUGGACAGCAAAAGUAGCUCUCUGCCAUCAAUCCCCGAGCCAGCCAACCCUGUCAGCAUGAAGCAGCCGCCGGAGUCCCUCAGCGUGCGGAAAGGCCGGGGGGACAUGGGAAGCGACCCGGCUCUGCUAAUGGACAAAGCUGCUGCGCAACUGGCUGCCACACUACAAGAUGGUGUUCUGCAGAAGAUGGCUGGCCACAGUCACAACAACCACAGUCACGAGAGGCUGAAAGACCUGACGUCCUUGGUGCUCAACGGUGACCAGGACACGAUGGUGCCCAAGCUUUGUACUCCAGAGCCCCCGAUGCUCAAAGGUGCUGAAGCUCCGGCCACUAACGGGACCCAUCAGCUCAACGGCACACCUGUAGCUGAACCCGAGUUAAAGGUGACCAUACCCCAGGUGGUCAAGGAGCCGCUGUUUGAGCCGUGCUGCGCUGAUGGGACGUCUCUGGUCACCGCUACCGACGGUACCUUAUCUGGACCUGAUGAAAGACAGGACAUAAAGAAAAGGAGGGGGAGACCGGCUCAUAAACCAAAACUUCAAAUAACCUGCAGUUCCUCCGUCAUCAAAGUGGAGCCACUUGACAACACGGAUGCUGUUGAGGAACCUGAAGCUGCUGAAAAGCCCGCUCUGAUGUUAGAACUUGUGGAGCAGGUCAAAGAAGAGUCUUCUUUGCUGAUCCAUUUCUCUGUGGGAGAUCUGGUUUGGACAAAAGUGUCAGGAUACCCCUGGUGGCCUUGCAUGGUGACCACAGAUCCAGAAUUUAACGUUCAUUUCAAACAGAAACCAAAAGCAUCCAGCAGCAAAUUUGGCACCCUUUACCAUGUUCAAUAUUUUGGAGAUGCCCCAGAGAGAGGGUACAUAUUUGAGAAGAAUAUGGUGUCCUUUACUGGAGAAGAUCAAUACACGGAGCUCAGUCAGGGCUACAAACCACCAGGUUCCUGCGUCAGCCAUAAAAAGGGUUUUCUAACUGUACCCCUUAAACUCCGGGCUCAGUGGAACAUGGGCAUCAUUCAGGCCAAAGAGGCCCUCGGCAUGGCAAACGAUAAGCGCCUUGAGAACUUUGGAUUUCUUUAUGAGGAGGACGGACCUCAUCUGAACCCUCAAAUCUUGGAGAAGUUGAAACCAGAAGAGAGUAACGAGACAGGCCAGGAGUCUAGGCUGAGCUCAGAGCUCCCGUCCCUCAUGGAUUCUCCAACUUUGGCUCCAGCUGUCGUUCCGAAGAAAAGGAGAAGACUCAAAGUAGCUCGGUCAACAACCAAGACAGGCAGAAUAAGGAAAAAAGCAGCACCAAACAAUGCUGGUAAAAUCACGAAGAAAAGAAAAGAGAAGCUGGUUUCGGUGACAGAUGAUGACUUGGAAGCUGCAGCACUUCUAGUUUCACUUCCAGUGAAAAGAGAGCGGAAGAAGAGAUCUAAAAGGCCACUAACUGAUGCCUCAAUGGAGAAGGAUCAACAGCCCAAGAAGAGACGUAGAAUGGGCAAAGAUUCACAAACGCAGGCCCUGGUUUCAGGUGAAACAAACAAACGGAGAAGAAAGAAUAAAACUGAUGUAAAAGAACCAAGGAAGCGGGUGAAGAAAUUAAAAAGUCCCCUGAAUGAUGAUGCAGAGAAGCCAAAGCGCCAGAGGAAAAGGAAACGGGUGACGGCCUCCAAAACGAAAAAGGGCCGGUCGUCCCCCUGCUCUGAUCCUGAGGGUUCUGGGAGUGAAGAACGUCCUGAUUCUCCAAGUGACAGCCUGGAUGGGACAAAGAAAGGAGAAAGGAAGAAAGAAUUUGUUUGUCAGACGUGUGAGCAGGCUGGUGAAGACUUGGUGCCGUGUGAAGGCCAGUGUUGUGGCAUGUUUCACCUCCACUGCUUGUGUCUGUCCCUCAAACCCGACGACAAACUGCUUUGCCAGGAGUGCAGCACGGGAAUUCACUCAUGUUUCACCUGCAAGCAGUCGGAGGGCGAGGUCCGUCGCUGCCACGUCUCUCACUGCGGGAAGUUUUACCACGAAGCCUGCGUUCGCCUCAACCCUCUCACGGUGUUUGACAACAAGGGCUUCCGCUGCCCGCUCCACGCCUGCCUGAGCUGCCACUACGGCAGCCGCACCAAGCACAAGUCUACUAAGGGUCGGUUGAUGCGUUGCCUCCGGUGUCCGGUAGCGUACCACGUCGGCGACCUGUGUGUGGCUGCGGGGAGUGAGAUGGUCACGAACACGGCCCUCGUCUGCACCAACCACUUCAGCGCCAAGAAGGGCUACAGCCACCACAGCCACGUCAACGUCAGCUGGUGCUUCGUCUGCUCCAAAGGAGGCCAGUUGCUGUGCUGUGAGUCCUGUCCUGCAGCUUUCCACCCAGACUGCCUAAACAUCGCCAUGCCUGACGGCAGCUGGUUCUGCAACGACUGUCGAGCUGGGAAGAAACCCAGAUACAGAGACAUCAUAUGGGUCAAACUGGGGACAUACAGGUGGUGGCCUGCAGAAAUUUACCAUCCUAGAAACAUUCCCACCAACAUCCAACAUCUCAAACAUGAAAUCGGCGAGUUUCCAGUUUUCUUCUUUGGCUCCAAGGAUUACUUCUGGACUCACCAGGGCCGAGUGUUUCCCUACAUGGAAGGAGACAGAGGCAGCAGACAUCAGAGGACCGGCAUCGGCAAAGUCUUCAAGAAUGCUCUGCUGGAGGCUGAAGCUCGAUUUAAGGAGAUAAAGAUGAAACGAGAGGCGAAAGAAGCGCAGGAGAACAGCAGAAAACCACCUCCGUACAAAUUUAUAAAGGUGAAUAAACCUUACGGCAGGGUUCAGGUCUACACCGCAGACAUCUCCGAGAUCCCCAAGUGUAACUGCAAGCCGUCGGUGGAGCGUCCGUGCGGCUUCGAGUCGGAGUGCCUGAACCGCAUGCUGCAGUACGAGUGUCACCCGCAGGUGUGUCCCAGCGGGGAGCGCUGCUGCAACCAGGACUUCACCAAACGCCUCUACCCGGAGACCAAGAUCAUCAAGACCCCCGGCAAGGGCUGGGGGCUGGUGGCCCUGAGAGACAUCAAGAAGGGAGAGUUUGUAAACGAGUACAUUGGAGAACUGGUUGACGAGGAGGAGUGCAGAGCGAGAAUCAAGUACGCCCACGAAAACAACAUCACCGACUUCUACAUGCUCACGAUUGACAAGGACCGGAUCAUAGAUGCAGGUCCAAAAGGAAACUACUCUCGCUUCAUGAACCACAGCUGCCAGCCCAACUGUGAGACCCAGAAGUGGACGGUGAACGGAGACACUCGUGUGGGUCUGUUUGCCGUCUGCGACAUCCCUGCAGGGACGGAGCUGACCUUCAACUACAACCUGGACUGUCUGGGGAACGAGAAAACCAUCUGUCGCUGCGGCGCCCCCAACUGCAGCGGCUUCCUCGGUGAUCGGCCCAAGAACUCGAAUGGCCCGGCGGCCGAGCCUAAAGGAAAGAGGCUGAAGAGGAAAUAUAAAAAGAGGAAAAGUGAGGGGAAGAAAAAGUCUGAGGACGAAUGUUUCCGGUGUGGAGACGGAGGCCAGCUGGUGCUGUGCGGCAAGAAGAACUGCACCAAAGCCUAUCACCUGUCCUGCCUCAACCUCACCAAGAGGCCUUUCGGCCGCUGGGACUGCCCGUGGCACCACUGCGACGUCUGUGGGAAGAACUCCGACGCCUUCUGCCAGCUCUGCCCCAACUCCUUCUGCAAGGCCCACCAGGAGGGGGCGCUGCGGGCCUGGCUGCCCACGGGCCAGCUGUGCUGCGCCGAGCACGACGAGCAGGAGGCCGACGGCCAGAACCAGGACCUGGGCACCAACGCCACGGACGCCUCUACGGCCGUCACCGCCGGCCGUCAGAGAGGCCCCAAGGGAGCCAAGAGCUCCAAGAGGAAAGCAGCCGAGGCCUGACGACCAGAACAGAGAACAGAGACCCAACCAGACUCAGAAACCUUCCUAUCAGUCCUGACAUCAUGGAACCAAGGCACUGUACAACUUCAUCAGGGAAAGCUGCUGAUCUCACGCCUGCGUCGGCUCAGGGGGGGUUUGUUUUUUUUUUUUUUUUCUUCCAACAUUUUCAGGUUAUUGUAUUAAUCUGCACUGAGCAAAGAAUCUGUGGUGAAGCACAAAUCAGCAGAACAAGCACAUGUCAUGAAACUCCUGCUGGAUGGACGCGUUUGUUCCACCCACCAAACUGCAGUUUGUUGUUAAAAACAAGAGAAACUGUGGUUUCUGUGGAAAGAUGCUUCCGGCCAGAGGUGAAACUGCAAGUUUCCAUCGACCCCCGCCCCCCCACUGGGCCGGCGUUGAACAGCGGAGUUUUAUACCUAUAUUAAGUGUGUAUAUCUAAUACCAAAAUUGUGAUUACUGGAAUAGUGUAAGACAUCUGAUUGGUUGCCAAAAGCGUUUUCUUUUUUUUAUUAUUAUAUAUAGUGUGUAUAUAUGCCAGAUGUCAGUCAUAUAUACAAAUGAAAGACACUAUGGAUAGGCUUUUGUCUCCUCGUUUGUGUAGCCAUAGAUCACAUUUAACUGUAGAUAUGUUUGCUAUUUUACAGAGUUUUUUCUUUUAGCCCAGUCUCUCCUUUUUUCUUUCCAACGUAUAUAUGUAUAUUUCUUUAAAAAGGUGCUAAAUGAUGGCGCUACAAGUCAUUUCCAGAGGAUUACAGGACGUCUUAGAAGAAGAGAAGUCUGGUACAAAAACACUACUGGGAGGCGACGCGUCACAGGGGGUGAUGAACCACAUCGGGGAGGGAAUCGGAGAUUCCUGAUCCCGGUCCGAGCUCAGUCUGCCGUUCAAGGGGCUUUUUUUUAAACCUUCCCCUUUACUGUGUAGAAAUCCAAGCAACGAGGAGUUUUUAUCUGUCAAAACUGUGCUGCCUGCUGUCUGGUAUUAGUGUCGCUGGCCAGGACUUGUGAUCGUCCCAAAAUUGAGACCUUUUAUGUGUUCAAUCAACAGGAUUGAAUGUCAAACAUGCACUUGGAUGGUUGCGUGGCGCUUUAACAGCAGCACGCAGGAUAAUCCCUGUAGUUUCCUCCUAACCUGCUCAUCUUUUCAAUGCUUAGAAUAAUCAAAGCAAGUGGGCAACCUGAUGGCGGCUGCUUUCAAACUCCAAUCUUGUUAGGAGUGUCUGGUGCUGAAUAAACUGCAGGCCUUGGACGUACAAACGCUCCUUUCAACAUUUUAACCAUUAAAGGAAAAAAGAGCUCUUGUAAAUCUGAAGAUUAAGUAUUCAUCAGUAAUCUGGGGAAGUUUUUGCGGUGUUAAAUACACUAAAGUCCCGCCGAGCAGGAGCUUUGAAACCACUGUUCCUGACGCCGCUGUGCACGCCAGUGGAGAGGAGAGCGCAGCAGUAGCGCUUUUAAUUCCUGGCGUUCACCUUUUUGAGAGCCUGAUUUUAUCUAAUUUAAAUAUGGAAAGUUUAGGCUUUGUCCAGGUGUCUUCAGGACUUUUAAGAGGUCUUAUCGGUUCCUCUCGCUUGGGUUUUUAAGGAACAAUGAGACUGUCCAAGGCAUUGGUUUGGAGGCAACUUCCUAUGAGGAUUUUACCUUCAUUUUGCUUUAGUGGGAACGAUUUUAGGAGCAACAAACCAGAUUUAAAUAUGUCAAGGUGCAAGCAGGUGUUUUUUUUUGUUGUUUUUUUUCCUCCUGAUCUCCUGAUUUAUUUUUGAUGUUCUAUAACGUUUCUUCAUCCUAACCUUGUGUUGAGUGAAUGUAGUCCAUCCAGUUAUUUUUGUAAGCACUGUAAUUCCCUGUAGAGCUGAAGUGUCACGUGCACGUAGGGAUUUUGUCUUGUAACUACUGUCAUAGCAAACCAGAGACUAAUUUUGUACAUACUGUAUAAGUGGUAAUAGUGAUGCAUCUAUUGUAAAUACUUUAAUUUUUUUGUGCAGGACCUCACAUCAGGUGACUCAUGUAAUAAAGUGGUUGAACAUCA